AUGAUGCAACACACUGCUCCUAACAUGGUUGAUAACACUGAAAUUGACAACAAAGACGGAAAAGGUCAAACAAUAAAGAAGAAGAAAAAAUAUGUCAAAAGAGCGGCUUGUUGGGCCGAUUAUGAUGAACUUAAGAUUAACAACGUUCAACAUAGCAAAUGCAAAUGGUGUGACACAUUGCUCAAAAUUGAUUCCGGUGAAAAUAGUACAUCUAGUAUGAUUAGACAUACAAAAAGAUUUGGAGAAUUACCGUUCAAGUUUGUAGAGAAUGAAACAUUUAUUGAGUAUACUAAUGCAUUGAACGGGAAAGUGGUUUUGCCAUGUAGAACCACAGUUUCAAAAAGAGUUGUCGAUUACUAUGUUGAAGAAAUGGCAAAGUUGAAUAAGUUCUUUAGUAAUCCCCUAACGAAUGUGAAUUUGACCACCGAUUGUUGGACAAGUUCAUGUCAACGAUCGAGCUAUAUGGUGGUCACGGCCCACCUUAUUGAUAAAGAUUGGGUCAUGCACAAAAGAGUUAUCAACUUUAAAUUUUUAGAUUUUUAUAGGGGAGAAGACAUUGGGCGCACGUUGUUGACUUUUCUUGAAGCGUGGGAUAUUUUAGCACUAAAAAUUUCUAAUGUGGCAUCCGAGGCAACUUUUAGAACAAGUGGGUGGAUAUUAGAUCCAUAUCGAACAAAUUUGUCUGCUAAUAUAUUAGAGGCCUUGGUUUGCACCCAAUAUUGCGUAAGGAAAUCAAGGAAGCCAAUUGUAGACAACAUUGUUGAAGUUUUGAAAGAUGAUGACGUCGCGAAAGAGUUGGAAAACAUGAUAAACAAUGGAGGUGGAAAUGGAAAACAACCAAUCAAUAUUCCCGAAUAGUUAAUUUGUAAUUG